AUGAGCUAUGUCAACCUAGGGAAGAGCGGGUUGAAGGUGUCCAAGUUGAUUCUAGGUGUAAUGACCUACGGAUCGGGCCAGGACUGGAUGAUUCCCGAUCACGAGGAAGGUAUCCGGCAAAUGAAAUACGCGUACGACCAGGGUAUCAAUACCUUCGAUACCGCCAACACGUACUCGGCUGGCGAGUCAGAGAUCAUCCUCGGCAAGUUCCUCAAGAAGCACGAGAUCCCCCGCGAGAGCGUCGUGAUCCUCACCAAGACGUUCAACCCGGACGAUUCAGAUGGAGGACCCGCGGGUCUGGUCAACCAGAAGGGGUUGAGCAGGAAGCGUAUCUUCGCCUCUGUCAAGCGCUCCCUCGAGCGACUCCAGCUCGACUACGUCGACGUCCUCCAAUGCCACCGCUUCGACUACGACACCCCGAUCGAGGAAACAAUGCAGGCGCUACAUGACCUGGUCCAGCAGGGCUUGGUGCAUUAUAUCGGGAUGAGCAGUUGCUGGGCUUGGCAGAUGCAGCUGAUGCAGCAAUACGCCAUCAACAACCGCUUGACCCCGUUCAUCUCGAUGCAGAACCAGCACAGCGCGAUGUACAGGGAGGAAGAGCGCGAGAUGAUGCCGAUGCUCAAGCACUUUGGGGUCGGAGUGAUCCCUUGGGGCCCAAUGGGAGGUGGACUGCUCUGCCGACCUUUCCAGGAGAUGGAUUCUACCACUCGGGCCAGUCAGCUGACCAGCCAGCCCGGAGACAAGCUGGUCAUCAAUGCCAUCGAGAAGAUAGCCAACGACCGUCAAGUCCCCAUGGCCGCCGUGGCGCUCGCUUGGUCUCUUCAAUCCCCAUGGGUAACGGCUCCGAUCGUCGGAGUAAGAAGCACCGAGCGGCUGGAUGAGCUCAUUGGGGCGCUGGAGCUCAAGUUGACGGAUGAGGAGAGGAAGAGUAUUGAUGAUGGGUAUAGUCCGGUCAAGCCUCGGUCAUUCCAGUAG